UGCCACCCCAUUGUUUUCUUCCCUUUUUUGGCUCAACUCACUUUCUCCCUUUCUGCCAUUUCCUAGGGCUUUCUUCACCAACUUCAGCUUUCUUCUCCUCUCAACCCUUCAGGCACAUGCGCACAACCGAGGUAUUCUUUUCCGCCGAUUCUUCCCGCUUUUCCUUUUCCUUUUUCUGCAUUUCAUUCUUCCAACUAUUUUCGAGACAUUUCUUCCACUAUUUCCGAUUCUUGAAUUUAAAAAACUGUUGCAUGAUGGAAGUGCAAGAUCAUGGUCACAUAAUUGAAGUGUGUGGAGAUGUGCAAGCUGAAGGGCCUAGCAUUGUGGGAAGUAAAAUAUGUGGGGAUGCACCUUCUUGUGGAUUUUCUGAUGCAAAAAACAGUUCAAAAGAUGCAAAGGAACGAUCUGCGUCCAUGCGGAAGCUUUGCAUAGCAGUCGUUCUCUGCAUCGUUUUUAUGAGUGUAGAAGUAGUCGGAGGCAUUAAAGCGAACAGUCUUGCAAUAUUGACUGAUGCUGCCCAUUUGUUGUCAGAUGUUGCUGCAUUUGCCAUUUCUUUAUUCUCACUCUGGGCCUCUGGUUGGGAGGCAACUCCACGUCAGUCAUAUGGUUUCUUCCGCAUUGAAAUACUCGGUGCUCUCGUUUCCAUUCAGAUGAUCUGGCUUCUAGCUGGAAUUCUUGUUUACGAAGCUAUUGUCCGACUUAUCAAUGGUCCGGGAGAGGUUAAGGGGUUGCUCAUGUUUGCUGUUUCUACGUUUGGGUUAGUUGUUAACGUAGCUAUGGCUCUGCUGCUUGGUCACGAACAUGGUCAUGCCCAUUCUCAUGAUCACAGUCAUGGACAUGGUGAGCACGACCAUGGUCAUGGCAGCCACGAACAUGGUGAUGAAGAUCAUAGACAUCGUCAUGGAAUAAGUGUGACCAUGCACCACCACCGCCAUGAAGAGAAGGGUGGUGUGAGCGAUGGUGUUGAGCACCACCAUCAUCAUUAUGCACCCAAGGAAUCAGUAACGACACCCUUGCUUGAGAAUUAUGGUGAUGACGGAAAUCAUCCACGAACGGUUACUAAGACGCAAAAGAAACAACGAAACAUAAACGUACAGGGAGCUUAUCUUCAUGUACUUGGAGAUUCCAUCCAAAGCAUUGGGGUAAUGAUCGGUGGCGCAAUCAUAUGGUAUAAACCCGAAUACAAGAUUCUUGAUCUUAUAUGCACCCUAAUUUUCUCUGCAAUUGUGCUGUGCACAACAAUUCAAAUGCUUAGAAAUAUCCUUGAGGUUUUGAUGGAGAGCACGCCGCGGGAGGUGGACGCAACAAAGCUUGAGAAGGGUUUGUGCGAGAUGGAGGAGGUAGUUGCAAUCCAUGAACUGCACAUAUGGGCCAUAACUGUUGGGAAGAUUCUAUUGGCAUGCCAUGUUAUAAUAAAGCCAGAGGCAAAUGCAGACAUGGUAUUGGACAAGGUUAUUGAGUAUAUUAGAAGAGAGUACAACAUCAGCCAUGUCACCAUUCAGAUAGAGCGCCAGUAGGAUCUUCAAAUGCUAUACGCUUUGUAGUAGUACUUGUAGCAUAGGUGCAAAGGGAUAGGGACUCAACAGUGAUGGAUGACGGAAUGGUAGGAACUUUUUAUUGUGCUCCUAUCUCUAAAGGGCGAGAGUCGCGGCCUUGAUUGGGUGUCCGUCUAAGAUCUCUAGUAAAUUCGGGAGAGAAAUAGAACAUGAAACUGUAAGCUUACAAGCAGUGGAAGGAGACCAAGACUCAGACCGCGUAAAAAGAUCCCAACUAAAUAGGUAUGAAAGCUUUGGAAUAACUAAUGAAUUACAACUCUAUUAUACUGUAAUUGGUGUUUUGAAUAAAAAAAAGAGUUCGGUUCGGUAAGAAGCAUCUACCGCGCUCUCAAUCCAAUAAGCAAACGCCCCUUUUGGAGCUACCUCUGAAUCCAAAUCUACUAGCAUGAGAAUUCAUAGAUGCAAAGAGAUAGAUGCUUCUUUGGAUGGAUCCAAUAUUGCUCAAAAACUAACCAUGCAAAUUACUUCAUAUUGACUUCAUAUGAGGAUGCCCGUCAAUGUCUGGUCUAUCUAAAAAUCUACCAAAUCUUUUCUU